CCUACCCUAAGACCGGCUCGGAACUUUCCAGAAAAGUCGGGAUUGUCGGCUUCUAUCGGAGGCGGCCGCGGACAAGGACUAAGCUCGGCUUGCUGUGGGGGAAGGGGGGCGGGGGACCGAAAAUAAGGAUUGCUUCUUUUUUUCCCUCCCCACUUCUUCUUUCGGCAUUGAGCGCGCGGUACCAGUGGCAGGAUGGUGAAGGAGACCACAUAUUAUGAUGUGCUCGGGGUAAAGCCUAAUGCCUCCCAAGAGGAGCUGAAAAAAGCCUAUAGGAAACUGGCACUGAAGUAUCAUCCCGACAAGAAUCCUAAUGAGGGUGAAAAGUUCAAGCAGAUCUCUCAAGCUUAUGAAGUACUUUCUGACCCCAAGAAAAGAGAUUUGUAUGAUAAAGGUGGUGAACAAGCUAUAAAGGAGGGUGGUAGCGGAGGCGGCUUUGGAUCACCUAUGGAUAUCUUUGAUAUGUUUUUUGGAGGAGGUGGAAGAAUGCAGAGAGAGAGGAGAGGUAAAAAUGUUGUUCAUCAGUUGUCAGUAACAUUAGAAGACCUGUACAAUGGAGCAACACGAAAGCUUGCUCUGCAGAAGAAUGUGAUUUGUGACAAAUGUGAAGGCCGAGGUGGUAAGAAGGGUGCUGUGGAAUGCUGCCUUAAUUGCAGAGGGACCGGCAUGCAAAUCAGAAUUCACCAGAUAGGACCUGGAAUGGUUCAACAAAUUCAGUCUGUGUGUAUGGAAUGUCAGGGCCAUGGAGAGCGCAUUAGUCCCAAGGACCGGUGUAAAAGUUGCAAUGGAAGGAAGAUUGUUAGAGAGAAGAAAAUCCUGGAAGUUCAUAUUGAUAAAGGAAUGAAAGAUGGUCAGAAGAUAACUUUUCAUGGUGAAGGGGACCAAGAACCAGGUUUGGAGCCUGGAGACAUUAUCAUAGUCUUGGAUCAAAAAGACCAUUCUGUGUUUACAAGACGGGGUGAAGACCUGGUCAUGUGCAUGGAUAUUCAGUUGGUUGAGGCACUUUGUGGUUUUCAGAAACCCAUUGCAAUGCUGGAUAAUCGAACCAUAAUCAUUACUUCUCACCCUGGUCAGAUUGUCAAGCAUGGAGAUGUUAAGUGUGUGCUGAAUGAGGGCAUGCCUAUCUACCGCAGACCAUACGAAAAGGGUCGUCUGAUCAUUGAGUUCAAGGUAAUCUUCCCAGAGAGCGGCUUUCUUUCUUCAGAUAAGCUGUGCCUAUUGGAAAAGCUGCUGCCUCCAAGGGAAAAUGUGGAGGAAACUGAAGACAUGGACCAGGUAGAGUUGGUAGACUUUGACCCAUCUCAGGAAAGAAGGCACCAUUACAAUGGGGAAGCUUAUGAAGAUGACGAGCACCAUCACAGAGGUGGCGUCCAGUGCCAGACCAGUUAGAAAGGCCCCAUGAGCCCCCCUUGUGCUGCCUGUCUCAUACGUCAGUUGUGGAUGAGUGAAGGACUGCAGUUGCUCAACUCUUAAACUUGCCAUUUUCCCUGUAAUAUUAAAACAUACAGUUGUUUUUAAAUCAGGUUAACAAACUAAAUCUAAAAACUACUCCAAUCAAGUAGGAUGAUGUUCAUAUUUCUAUAUGGCCUCCUAAGAAAAUCCAGAAGCCAACUUGCUCUGGCUGUUUUUUGUUUUUCUCUCUCCCUUUUUUUUAAUUUUGUGCAUCGUAAUUGUAUUGUGUGCAAAUGCACUGGCUUAGUAUUCAGUGAUUUCUGUUUAGUAUUAAAUUAUAUUGCCUCUUAAGUAUGCACAUGUAUUUAUGAUUCAUGUUAAGAUGUGAAAUUAAAGGUUUUGUAUUCAUCAGCUGCUACGUAUGUUGAUGUGUUUUGGAUGUGUAGCUGGUUUGGGGUGUCAUCACAUAACCUCUGUGCCACUGUACUGGCUUCUCAAAACCACUGAUCUUCAGGUGCCCAGUGAAGCUUGUGUAGGAGGAGGAACUGAUGAUGUAGUGACAGGGGAAACAGGAUUGGACCCUGAAAGUCUGUAUGAUACUGCUAUCGUUCCUUGUUAAGAUUUAUACAGGAUCCUAGCAUAGCUAAUACAGUUCAUCCUGUGGCCUGCUCAUGUGGGGUGUAAACGUAAAAUGCUGAAGGCUUAACCAAAACAGCAUGAGUCUGACUUUAGUGUACAGUUGCACCCACUUGAGCUUAACAUACUUGCUUUCAGGGCUUCUAAGUGAGUAACAUUAAAAAAAAAUAAUUAAACUGAGUACUUGAGAAAUAACAUCGCUGGCAUUCAUCGCCCAUUCCUGAAUUAAGCUGCUGUAGGUUUUUGUGCAGUUUCUUAAACAGGCUUCAGUACUGGCCAAUUCAAUGUGGUCUUCAGUGAUGGUGGGAGGAAUAAUGGUUUCGUAUACUGCUGGCCUCUUCUGAGACUCAAGGUGACCCUUGAUUCUUCCCCCAUUGCUGUCCUAGUAGGCCUGCAGAGGCAGUGGGCUGCUAAAUGCAGCUCAGCAAGUGCUGCACUCCCAUUUCCUCACAAAGCCACCACCCCACUAGGCCUUGAUGAGCUGUGACUCUUCCUAGCCUCUCUCAGCCCUUUGAUUAAAUUAUGUAGCAUGUAAUCAUAUAGACCAUGUGAUGAGGAUUAGUAUGUGACCUUUUUUAAAAAAAAAAAAUGCUUGCAUUUGUAUUUCAACCCCCUGGAGGGAAAAUAAACACUGUGCUUUCCAGCAGUUGAAUCUCUUCCUCCUUUUGACCCUCUUUAAACAUGCGUGCUUCCUAAAGAGCUACCUGAGGUGUUAAUGCAAUGGAAAAUUAUGCCAUGGAGGCAGCUUUACCCCAGUACAAUGUCUGCCUCCUGCUGCUGUGUUAUGAAAUGUGUAGAUAAUUUGGAGCCGUCUUACCAUAUUCAUAGCUCAAGUGAAUGACUUAAAAGGUUGAACAGGCUAGACUGUUCAGCCCUUUAAAGCAUUGGGUGGUUUUAUACUUCACUGUCCUUAGCAAAAGCGCCUUUCAUGUUGUAAUGCUUUAAUUCUGUGAACUAAUGUUUUAGGGUACAUCGGAUGGCUUCAACCUCUUUUCAGUUCCUCAAUUAAAACCAUACUUAGUGGCUU